AUGGCAUAUGUGUCGUGCGUAAAGCAAGCACUUGGUGCGACGAGAUUAUGGCCAGGAAAGCUCAGAAUCUAUAGGCGGGCACAUGGUUGGGUACGCGACGGAUUCUACACGACCGAUAAGUGGUGCGACUAUGAUUUCAUGUUACACGGAUGGAAACUUCAGACCGUAGGUGAUGAAGGAUGGGAGAGUCCCUUCAGGAAGAAUCUUGAUCCCUCAAAAUGUGGAAAGGGCACAGAAGGCUGGAACUGGAUAUCCACAAAGCAUGUCAAUGCCACUGUAAUCAAAAACGAGCUCGCUUCUUACGAGAAGUACGCUGGCGAUACAUUCCCAAAUGCAGCAAAACGUCUUAUGUAUAUCGCUAUGCCGGACGUUGGCAAAUGCUAUCCAAACUGUGACAAGAACUUAUAA